CAUAACGUGAAUAACCCACUCUCUGCAAUAAUGGAAUACCAAAUUGAUAUAUUUUUUGCUCAGACAUGGACAGACAGCCGCCUUCGUUUCAACAGCACCAUGAAAAUACUGACUCUAAACAGCAAUAUGGUUGGAUUGAUAUGGAUACCAGACACUAUCUUCCGAAAUUCUAAAACAGCAGAAGCUCAUUGGAUCACUACACCCAAUCAGCUUCUGAGAAUAUGGAAUGAUGGGAAAAUCUUGUAUACUUUAAGGCUCACCAUCAAUGCAGAAUGCCAGCUGCAGCUACAUAAUUUCCCAAUGGAUGAACAUUCUUGCCCGUUGAUAUUCUCUAGUUAUGGCUAUCCUAAAGAAGAAAUGAUUUACAGAUGGAGGAAAAACUCAGUAGAGGCUGCAGACCAGAAAUCUUGGAGACUCUAUCAGUUUGACUUCAUGGGUCUCAGAAAUACUUCAGAAAUUGUGAAAACCUCUGCAGGUGAUUACAUAGUCAUGACUAUAUACUUUGAUUUAAGUAGAAGAAUGGGAUACUUCACUAUUCAAACAUACAUACCCUGCAUCUUAACAGUUGUGUUAUCCUGGGUGUCGUUCUGGAUUAAAAAAGAUGCCACACCAGCAAGAACAGCACUAGGUAUUACCACUGUCUUGACCAUGACAACACUGAGUACCAUUGCAAGAAAGUCUUUACCCCGUGUCUCCUACGUCACUGCCAUGGAUCUGUUUGUGACUGUUUGCUUUUUAUUUGUCUUUGCUGCUCUGAUGGAGUAUGCAACCCUCAACUACUACUCAAGCUGCAAGAAGCCAAACUGUACCAAGAAGAAAAAGUCGCUACCUGAUGUCAGUUUUGGUCACAUGAUGAACUAUUCUGUACUUGAUAUAAGACCGCCGCCUACAGUUAUCACAUUGAACAAUGCCAUGUACUGGCAAGAAUUUGAAGACACUUGUGUCUAUGAAUGUCUGGAUGGGAAAGACUGCCAGAGCUUUUUCUGCUGUUAUGAAGAAUGUAAAUCUGGCUCAUGGAGGAGAGGACGGAUUCACAUAGACAUCUUAGAACUGGACUCCUAUUCCAGGGUCUUUUUCCCAACAUCGUUCCUACUGUUUAACCUGGUCUACUGGGUUGGAUACCUCUAUCUUUAAGUGUUGCCAUUAGUGGUGAAGAUGACUGUGUUUUCACACUUCUUGGGAUAGUGAACAUGAAAAAGUGAAGGAGGACAUGCCAGUUUCAUCUCAAAUUAUAGAGGCCACGUUACCUUUUAUCAUCACAGAAAUCAAUGAAGAGUUUUAAUAUGUAGUUGCCUGAAAAAGAAAAACCUUGAAGAAUUCCCCUGACUGCUAUUCAUUUUAAAUACAAGAUUCUUACUAAAUUCAGCUGAAUUUGUAGUGUAAACAAUGUUUAUUAAUAAUUCUAAUAUAAUGGAACCUUUACUGUUCUCCCUUGGCAUUGAAAGCUAGACAGCAUUCAAGCAAGAAACAGAGGUCAAACGUUUGAUAUGGGUUCUUCAUUCUUACGUCCCUUUCAAAGUUUCUCCCAUUCCCUAGGGCUCAAGGCAACACCCACUGGUGCUGGUUAGCCAUGAUGCAACUGGAGAUGUCUAAAUCCAGACCAAUCCAAGACACCUUCUUUUAUUAUUCCACAGUUGUUGGGAUAUCGUGUCUUGGUUGUCUCUGCAUGGGAGAAUCAUCAUAAAAUAAAGACAGUUGCUCUGGUCCCAUCAAGUCAUGUAACGUCUCCUCUGCUGCAAAGCUAUGGGAUUCAUAGGCUUAGCCCCCUUCCUGCACACGUUAAUUUUAAUUUGAGGUGAAAAAUCUGAUUUACAAGAAUGCUCAGAAUUUGAUAAAGUCAGAGACACUGCCUAUAUCUGAAGUAGCUGCAAGUAUUGCUUGUAGAGCAUUUCAGAGCUUUUUUAAAAAAAAAUAACUGAUCAAACAUAGCAGGAUGGUACAUGAUUUCUGGAAUAGAUUUACUUGCAACUGGACAAGACUUCUGCUUGUUUGUGAUAUUGUAGCAGACUAUAGUUGAUAGGACAUAUGUAAGAUUCACUACUUAUUAGCACUAGGGGUAUGUGAUUUUUGCAGGUUGCAAUUUAAUGCAAAGUUCAUCCAUGCAUUUUUCUUCCCCUCCCUUCCCCCCUUAAGUGUUUUUACAGAGUGGAGAAAAAUAAAGGUAUUCUGUUCCUAUAGAGCUAAAUCUUGAAGUCCUUAAUUUCAGAAGAUUCCUGUUGAAGUCAAUGGGACUUGUCUGAAUUAAGGACUGAAAAAUUUUGACCUAUAUAAUUCAAUAUAGGAGAUUGUGUGCAUCAACAUUGGAUUUAAAUCAAAACAGAUAUUGGAUACAAAAAGACUAGGGGAUUUUUUUAAAAAACAAAAAUAGAUUUUAACUUGGAAAAGCAUUUUGUAUUUUUGGAACAUGUUUCACAAAUUAAAUUAUUGAGAAUUGUCCAUUUUGCAACAUUUUCAAUAUUUCUAGAGUGUUAAGAAACUCUUACUUUUUCAGCAAACCCUCGGUAAAUAUAAUUAAGCCAACAGAACUCAUAUUCUGUACCAAACAGCAAUGUUUUCAGUGCUCUUUGUUUGAAAACUAGCCACAUAAAGUAAUAAGAAUGUGUUAGACUGUUAGAUUAAAAUGUGGAUCUCACGCAUGUAUAUUUGAAAAUAAUGUACAGUACAUAUAACUGAAGAGCAAUUCCUCCUGUCCUCAAAUGGAAACAAAGGUAAAAUCCCACAAAUAUAUAAGGACUAAUACCAUGGUAACUACAAGGAACAGUAAUUUAGUCAUAUUCUUGGAAACACCAAUGAAUCUGAAUGCUACUUCUCUCUCUUUUCAAAAUGUUUUUAAUUAAAAAAUAGUUCAAAGGAAACCUAAAAGUAGCCUUUCAAAAAAUUAUUUCUGGUAUCCUAAAAAUAUGGCCAAGUCAAAUGAUAACAGAGAAAGGAAGCUGGAUCCAGAAAAAUCCUUGCAUGUUUGUCUCCUGUGAAGCAGAAGUACUGAAAAAAAUUCCUCUCCUUUGGAGAGAAAACAAAAUGUUUUUUUGGCCAGAUCAGGACCUCAUUUUAGUGAAGUCUAUCCUACUCAUCUUCUGCAAUAAACUAAAACAAAUACUCAUCUGCCCCAAAAUAUCAACACACAUUUGUAAUGAUACCACAUUUCCUUUGCAGCUCACUAUUACUCUGUAAACCUUUUGUGUUUAUGUUUAAUUGUGGGUUCCCUGCACUGGAUUGGAGUUAUUGUAUAAGCAAUAUGGGUAGUAGACUUAUGAAGUUAGGUAAAGCUAAAUAUUCAGGACUAAACACAAGUGAGUUGAUGCACUGUUAAGAGCCACCCAUUAUAAGUCUAAAUAAAAGAACAGAUCCAUUUAUCUUGGGGCGCUGAUCCUGGAAACCCUCUGGAUAUGGAACACCAGUUGACUUCAGGGGAGAGUGUUCUAGACAAAGAGGGCUGCUUGCAUCUUCAGACCAUUGAUUGAUAAAGUGUUGUUUAUUAAGUAAUUAUACGUGUAGAUGAGAUCCCUUAGAGUGUCUGUGGAAAUGGAAUAUUCCAUUUUUAGACUAUAUGUACC